UGGCCUAGACGGAAAAGGACAUCAAAUUAAUUGAAUCAUGGAUAGGAAUAACAUGGACCCUUGGUCCUUUGCCCUCAAUUUCGAUGACAGCGAUAAAUCGUCGGAUAACGAGAGCCACUCCUCGACCAGAUCCUCGAGCCGCUCCAGUGACACCAGCAGCGAAAGCUCCGUGGAGAAGGAGCCAGCCACCGCAAUUGAGAGCCAGUCUGUCCCUGGCGGCAGCUACGAUAUUAUCACCAAGAGCAACAUGCUGCAAUUUGUGCAGAAAAUCGAUGCAAAUUCCUCGCUGGACGAUCAAGGCUGCGAUUUGAUGGCCAGAAUAGCCGAUUCCUUUGUUAACGACGUCUCCAUGCGCAUGGUCAAGUUGGCCAAGUACCGAAAGAGCGACGUUAGCGUGAUGGACCUGAAGUUCAUCCUCAAGCGGGAGUUCAACAUGGAGUUCCCCAUUGAGUAAAUGACCAAUAAAAGGGAAAAAUAAUGUAAAAUUUGAAAAUUGUGGAAAAAAUAAAAUGUACAAUCAAAUGUAUGAAUCAUACAUAACAUGGCUAAAAACUGUCAGAUUGGUACGAGGAUAAUUGUUUUCUGCAAGUAAUAACCAAUGCCAACAAUUGCUAUUACUUUUUGG